CUUCCAGGUUGGUUUCUCCACUAUUCACCAUGGAAGAGAACGGAAUGAAUGAUGGGACAAGAAUCACCUCUGUCGGAGAUGGGCCAACACCACAGUGGCCAGCAGCGGAAGCAAUGGCAGGAGCUGCAAACACGACAUCUGCAGGAGCUGCAGUGGCACCUUCACUAUUCUCGGCAGGAUUUUCAGUUGGCAUCCCACAUGCAGUCGUGGAUAAAAUAUGGGCCAGAUCCAAGCAAGCCCAGCCUAACAUACCCGAUGAUGUUAUCCGCUCGCUUAUUUUCAUUGCGGACUUGGUGGGUGCUAAAGCCCUUGUCGACGUAACCAAGAUUAUCGAUGAAGAGUUCGAAAACGAAGGUCUUGGUACUGGAAAUGCAGAUGGCAUUAGUGAGGAUGAACUGUUACUCCUUGUACCAAAAUUGUGAAAUCAAAGAAUAAAUUAUCGACUUUCAAGCA